AUGAGCAUUUUAGAAUGUAUUUUAAAUUGUGAAGCUAAUUCAAAUCAAUCGGAUAUUCAUCAAACUACUCAAAGUCAACUGGAUAUCUCAUCGAUUUUAAGAUUUUUCACAGAUCAUUGGCAGAUUUUGUUAAUACUAAUCGCAGUUUCAUUGAUAAAUUACAAACUUUUACAACUACUAACAAUUUGCUUCAAGUUUACUAUUAAAAAAUGGUGCUUUUCUAAACGGAAAACACUUCGUCAGGCUGGUGAAUGGGCAGUUGUCACUGGUGCAUCAUCAGGUAUUGGUAAAGCGUAUGCAGAAGAACUGGCCAAAGAAGGUCUCAAUAUCAUGCUUAUCAGUAAUGAUGAAGAACAACUAUCAACCGCUGCUAAUCAAAUCGCAAAUACCUACAAUGUUCAAACACGAAUUGUUGUUGCAGAUUUUACUAAAAAUGAUGUUUAUGAAAUCAUAAGACCUGCUAUUGAUCAAUUAUCUACAAUAGGUUGUUUAGUUAACAAUGUUGGCAUGGGAUUACCCACUGUAUUGUUUGCUGGUGAAGUGAAUUCUCCGAAUGAAGGAUCAAUCAGAAAUAUCAUUCAUUGUAACAUCUUGUCUACAGUCAUGAUGACAAGCAUCAUUCUGCCUAAAAUGUUAACACAGAAAGGACCUAAUCCUGGUAUCAUCAACAUUGCAUCUUAUACAGCUUUGAAAUUAUUUCCUUAUGUUACAGUGUACGCUUCAACCAAAGCAUUUGUUGCCCAAUUCUCUAGAUGUCUAGCUGCAGAAAAGUAUAAAAAGAAUGUGAUUAUACAAACGAUUUGUCCAUUAUUUGUAUCUACAAAUAUGAGCAAUUUAAUGAAAACUUCAUAUUUUAUACCAACUGCUAAAGUCUUUGCUAAAAGUGCAUUGGAUAUGUUCGGUGUUGAACAACAAACUAAUGGUUAUUUUCCACAUGAGUUAAAAGCAUAUUUUUACGAUAUGUUACCGACAUCACUUCGUUUAUUAAUUAUAAAAUCAGUAUCUAAUUCAGCACGAAGAAAGCCUUGA